AUGCGUUUCGUAUCUAAUUCUUGCAUCCUAUCUUUGCGGAAGUGUACAUGUACAUUGACAAGGUGCUCGUAUCAUCAUUAUUAUGUUUUGGUCAUUAUAAGGGUCUCUGUGCAGAGAAUUGUUGCCCAAAACAUGGAUGAGGAGGCUUUAUCUCGUAAUAAUGAGGUCUGUCGAAUGUUGCGCCAGUCCCUGUUGGAGAUCUGUCGAAACCACUACACAGCAUUGGCAGAUAUGGAAGUAGAUGCUAUUAUCUGUUUGUCUGCUAUUAACUCUUCACAACAAAACAUUGUAAAAAUACACCAAGUCGUGCCUAGGGAAAAUUUCAAAAAUACUUCAACUAAUGGAAUCCAUGCCUCCAAGGUCGAAAGUAGUUUAGGUAUUGCCAGAGGAAUUCAGAUGCAAAUUAAGAAGCGAAAGCGUCUUAUGUGCAGACAAAAACAUAACUUCAGGAUAAAACUAAAUGCUGUCAAGACAGACACAGCGCCAAGCAGUCUGCUGAAAGAUGGUGAAACAAAUAAACCAAGUUCUAGUAGGAGAAAGAUGAAAAAGAGUUCUGUGACACAGUAUCCACCCUGGAGCCAAACUGAAUCUCCUUCAAUGUCCAUGGACCACUGUGACACAGACAAUACUGAGAAUACCUUGUUUGUUACCAGAGACAAACAAGGACACUUGUUGAGAGUCAGUCAGCUCCCUACAAAACAACCUACAUCUCAUGCUGACCAAUCCAUCUCAGGAAACAAGGAGAAUAAUCCAGAGGAGGAGGAUGGACAUCAAGACAGCUCCAAUUCCUCAAUAGAGGAAAAAGUUGCCAUCAAAGAAGAACCAAUUGAUGAUGCUUAUGGGGACAAUGACAGUAUUGGUUUAGGACACAUAGACAAAAAGGGAAAUCUUUCUGAGAUUACAAUUGGAAAAAGUGAUUCAGAUUCCCAGGAAAUUACAUCAUCCUUCUUUACUGAGCAAAGAGAACCUAGAGGCAAAUUUAUGAUUUACAACAAGGAACUAGGAACGGUGGAGACAGAACCUCCUGAAUCCCAAUCUACUGAUGAACACGAUGACCAAGACCUGAGUGAUGAUGGGAAGGAGGCAUCAAAAGCUCAGGAUUAUACUGAACAUUCCCAUGAAACAUUUGUUGUGAAAACUGAACCAGAAGAUCCAGAAUACAACAGACCUGAAAACCUGCCCAUAGUUAUACAAUCUGUUCAAGGAAAUACAACAUUUGAGAUGGGCAAAAACACAAAUCAAGUGUCUCUUCUGAGAAAUUGUCUGAUAAAGACAAGCGAUGAUAAAGAAAUCAAAAUGUCCUCAAUGUUCCUUGACAGUGAAAGAAAUUCUCAGGUUUCCAAAUAUCCCACAGACAAUAAUAUGGAACAACAUUAUGCAAGUCCAUCAACAUCUGUAAUUGACUUUUCUGCAAGUUGUAGUAGCGACUGGAAGAAUGUGAAAGGUUACUCUUUAUUAGGUGAGGAGAGGUCGGAUGAUGAUGGUAUGUCUCAGUCAAGUGGCUGUGAUACACCACUUAGCACAUCAACAAGGGAGCCAGCAGUACUGAGACGUACAAAGAAGAGGAAAAUUACAGAACCCAAACUUGUGUCCCUUCUUCACAAAUCAGCUGUCAUGGAAGCAAGUUCAGGGUUAUCUCCCCUAAGGAUCUCUGGCAUAGAUAACUCAUCAACGAAUAUUUCUAGUCCAAUGAGUUAUUCUUCAGCAAAUCAGAGUUUUGAGGAUGGAGAUACUAUUGUUAGGGGAGAAUCUAAACAGUUCUUUUGUGAAAAAUGUGGCACUGGGUUUGCCUCCAGAAAGUCGAAAAUGAGGCAUGAAAAGUUUACUUGUGGAAAUCAUACGUUUGAAUGUUCAGUGUGUGGCAAGUUUUACUCACGGGCAGACAGUAAACAAAGACACAUGCUGAAGAUGCAUGGUGUUAAAAUUAUGCCAUCACAACUUGGGAUUGAUCCCCUUGAAAUGAGCAGUUCAGAAAUAGAUGAUGGUAUGACAUGGUUGUGAAAAGAAUGUGUAAUAACAUAUUUGUUGUAUUUGAAAUUACAUAAAUGUACAUGGUAAUUUAUUCUUCUUCAAGUUUAUGAAAACAACUCAUACAUAUAGUUUGUUAUAGGAAGUAUUGGGAUUGAUUUGUGAUUUAACCCAUAGAUCAAUUAAUUUCUGUCUAAAAAAAAAUUGAACUAAAUUAUCGUCUAUUUAUUAUUCAUUUGUGUUGCGGAAGGUUUCUAUAAGACAUAUCACUUAUUUAUAUAUGAUAACAGAAGCAUUGUGAUUUAUACCAUGCUACAUUGUCUGUAUUGCUUGAACUUUUCCCUUUAAACAACUUUCCUCAAUAACCAAAGGACCAAUAUAUUCCUGGAGUCUUCAUAUUUGACUGGUAGCUCUCUUGGUUAAGUUCAACAAAAUUUGUGAACAAGGUGACAGGGGUCAAAUUUUUCAAAAUCCUCUGUCAAAUAUUUCAAGAACCUCUUAAAAUUUCUUCUGAUUAUCCAAACUAGACUCUUAUGACUGAAAAGUUGUGUGAAAGUGAUCUUGACUCAUGGUCACCAAUCAUAUUUCCAGAUACAUGUGAAAAACAUAAAUGGGAUAUACUGUAAAAGUUAGGUUUUCUUAUCAUUUUUCUUAUGUCCUGCUACAUGUAGCUUAAUCCAUUUCCAAACAUUAGCUCCACCAUGAUUUAGCUACAACAGGUGCACUUUAAAUUAGUGAAACAGUGUUAAAUAUUUGCGUAUAUUCUUUAAUCUAUGAUAAAUAAGCCAAACAAAGCAGCACAAUUUUGAUACCAACAGAGAUUAAAAGUUGAUCAAGUCAUUGACUGAGGUUCAGAUAACCCACUGUACUGUAUUCAGACAAUCUAAUUUUAUAUCGACACGGGAUAUUUCAGUCAAUAUCACCUGUCCAAACUGACUUUAGGAAAGAUAUUUUUAUGCUGUUAACAGUGAUAACUUUUUCUGGUUCCUAGCUUUGUCACUGACACAAACUGAUGAGAGAAUAAGACAUCCUGCUAUCUGACCUGAUUAGGUUUUACCUGCCUCUCCUAGCAACAACAUGACAUUGAGCCAGUCACGAGAUCUUGCAUCCUCAAGGAUGGAGGUCUUAUUAGUCUUGUGUCAGACGAUAUAACAUGAUAUAGCAUUGCCUAUUGUAUAGAUUGUGACUUGAAUGUGAUAACACUAAAUAUAAAUGUUGAAAGGCUCUGCGAAGAGUUUUCUAACAGGUAAAUCUCUCUAAACUAUGGUGUGUAUCCCAGGAUGUUUUUUUAUAAUGACAAAAAUUUUAUGAUUAAUCACUUAAUUGAAAUAUUUGGCACAUUAAUGAAUUUGAUUUAUUUUAGAUUUUUCAUAUCUUUGUUUGAUGCUAAUGGAUAUAGUUAAAGCCAUGAAAUGUUUUCAAUUGUAGUUCCUCAUUAGAAUAAGUUA